UUGUAAUUGAACAUAUAUUGUAAUUUGGAAUCUGUGUUAGAGAGGGAAUUUAGCGAGUGAAAACUUUUGAGUCUACGAAAAAGAAACAAAGCUCCUCAAGAACAAAGUUACAAAGAGAGGCACAAGAAACAGAGAGAGAAAUAUUGUAAUUUGAUAUCGAAAUCAAACAAGUUGGAAAGAUGAUAGGUUUGAAGCGAUUGCUACCAAGAUGUUCAACUCUCAGUCGCACUCUCACUCUCAAUCUCAGAGAUUCCGUCGUGGAUUCCAUUUCAGAGAAGAAUCUCCAUUACCCAAUUCUUCUCCCUCGCCUCACCCCUAAACGAUUCCUUGAUAUCCACCAGAUGAGAAGUAAGGCAGCGCUUGAAAAGGAACGUGCUCGAAUUUUAGAUGAAAUGAGUAGGGGAUAUGUAGCUGAUAUGAAUGAGUUCAAGCAACAUGGUGGUAAGAUUGCUGUCGCUAAUAAAGUGUUGAUACCAGCAAUGGUAGCUUUGAAGUUUCCUGAUUUGGAAGUCAGCUUCUCAGAUGGGAAAACAAUGAAGCUUCCAAUCCGUAUUUCAGACAAUGCAGAUGCUGCUCACAAAUCAUCUGUCCCCAAGGCAUCUUUGGUUUGUCUUUCAUUCCGAGCAAGCUCCCAGGAAAUGAUCAAUUCAUGGAGUGCGCCCUUUGCAGAAGCAUUUAGUAAAUCAGAAGAUGUUCAUUUAUAUCAGGUAUCAUUUAUAGAUUCGUGGCUAUUAUGCCGGAGUCCUAUAAAGCGUUUCCUUCUCUGGACAAUGAAAAAACCAAAUCAGGAAAGCAAUGAUGCACUUCAGAAGCACAUGGUCUUUAAAUUUGGUGAUCACUAUUAUUUCAGAAAAGAACUGCAUAUACUGAAUCUUCUCACAGGGUAUAUCUUUCUACUUGAUAAUUUUGGUAGAGUAAGGUGGCAAGGAUUUGGAUCAGCCACAAAGGAUGAGUUGUCUUAUCUUGUUUCUUGCACAUCAUCACUUCUUGAAGAGAAGUGAGUGUCCUUAUGAUAUGAUUAGCAUGGCAAUUUACAUAGACUAGCUUUUCAGACAUUUAUGCAGCCAUCACUGUUUUAUGGGGGUAAACAAGAACACUGUAACCCAAGGAAGAAGCUGCAUGAGAAAUAACUUUUUCAAUUUUGUUUUCUCUUUUGCUACAUCUUAGAGUCUCAAAUGUAUCAGCAUAUUCAAUAAUAAUACAGUUUUCCUUUGUAUUGAA